AUCAAACCGGGAAACCCAGCCUCGCCCGUGCCGCGCCGCAGACCCCGCAAGAAUUUAACGAGACUGGCGCCACGCCUCGCGGGCGCGGCGGUGGGGGUGAGCGAUGCCGGGGGCGGAGCAGGCGGGGAUGAGACGGCCGACGGAGUCCGAGCGCCGGCGCAUGUACCGCGACCUGGCGCUGUCGCUGCGGUGCGGCCUCCGCGACGCGGCCGCGGGGUUCUCCUUCCUGCGCCUGCGCGGCCUCCGCGGGCUCCUCCGCGCCCUCCACUCCGCCGACGCCGACCUCGGACUCUUCCGCGACUCCCAGGCCAUCCGCGACCUCCAAGUGGUCCCGGUGCUGUUCGAGCACAGCCUGCGCAAGGCGACCGGCGACGCGGUGGUGACGGUGGCGCAGGUGCUGGGCAUGGAGCCCGCCGCCGCCAGGCUCAGGAACCCCGCCACGGACUCCGAGGUCGUGCUCGCGCUCAGGGUGCUCCAGGGCUGCUGCCUCCUCUGCCCGGGCUGCGCCGCCGCGGCGCACCGCUACAAUGCCGUCAAGGUGGUUCUGAAUAUACUGAUGACUCGGGGUAUCCUUGAGCAAAGAGGAUGUUUGGACACUCUUUUAGCAUUGCUGGUGGAUUGUUCAGAAAAUCAGAUGGAUUUCAAGGAACAAUUUGGGCUAAAUAAAAUUGCUGAUAUUGUAAAAGAUCCAAACAGGGAUGACCAUGUAAGGUUAAAAUGUUCAGAGUUUCUGCUUCUUUACUCUGGAAAUUGUGGUGCAACUUUCAAGUCUAAUAUACAAGAAGAUCUGAAAAAACUCUUUGGAGAAAAAUGCGCAUCAUUUAUCUGUUCAACGAACCUUUUCAGCUCAACUUUAGAUUCACAAGUGAGGCAAUGUGAGCUGAGCUUUCUUGCAGAGCAGGUGUUGGAUUACAUGCAGCCAUACUAAACUGGACUAUCAGAAUGCUAUGCCUCCACAUAUAUGCAGUGCAGCCAUAAACAGGACCAUCAGCAUGCUAUUGCCUCCACAUAUAUGUAGUUGAGCCAUACUAAAGACCAUCAGCAUGCUACUGCCUCCACAUUCAGUGAUCAAAAACAGAAUUCCAGACUUCCAGUAGUCGAAAAUCUAUAUUUCCUAGUAUUAAUUUGGUUAAUUUUUAGUUGUGUUACUGUAGCACCUAAAUUCUGAGGUUUCAUAUUGGUUUAAAACCAUUGUACAGUGUAAAAGGGAAAAAACAUCAAGUCAACAAAUUUAUACUGCUCAUGUGCACAGUGCCACAUAUCAGUUUAUUUCUUUU